AUGGCGGCGGACGUCGAGGGGGACGUGUACGUGCUGGUGGAGCAUCCCUUCGAGUACACGGGCAAGGAUGGGCGCCGCGUGGCCAUCCAGCCCAACGAGCGCUACCGGCUGCUGCGCCGCAGCACGGAGCACUGGUGGCACGUCCGGCGCGAGCCCGGCGGCCGCCCCUUCUACCUGCCCGCACAGUACGUGCGCGAGCUGCCGGCGCUCGGGGAUCCCGCCACCGCCUCGCCUCCGCCCGCGCUCCGCCCGGGCCCCGCAGCCCCCGAACCGCUGGCCUACGACUACCGCUUCGUGAGCGCGCCGGCGCCCGCGGGCCCAGACGGCACGACCACCAAGCCCCGAGGCCGCGUGAGCUCCCUGUGCGGCCCCGCGCGGCGCGGCGCGGCGACCCCCCGCAGCAGCCCGGCUCCGGGCCUGCCCACCUGCCUGUACACGCGGCCCGCGGCGCCCGUGCGGCCCGCGCAGUCCCUGGACGACCUGGCGCGCGCCGCCGUCGCGCCCCCUGCCGGUCUCCUCGGGAGCGCGGGCAGCUUCAAGGCCUGUAGCGUGGCGGGCUCCUGGGUGUGCCCGCGGCCCCUGGCGCGCAGCGACUCGGAGAAUGUCUACGAGGCCAUCCAGGACGUGCGCGGCCCGCCGCGGGAGGAGCGCCCGCCGCAGGUGGACGACCCCCCGGAGCCCGUGUACGAGAACGUAGAGAGGCAGCCUUUGGUCUCUUCGCCCGGCGCCUCCGCAGGCCCCCGCCCCCCGGCGUGGGAGACGCACACGGACGCGGGCAGCGGGCGCCCCUACUACUACAACCCAGACACGGGCGUGACCACCUGGGAGUCACCCUUCGAGGCUGGCGAGGGCAUCGCCAGCCCGGCCACCUCCCCCGCCUCGGUGGGCAGCCGCGAGAGCCUCGAGACCGACUGGGGUCAGUACUGGGAUGAGGAGAGCCGCAGAGUGUUCUUCUACAACCCGCUGACGGGCGAGACCGUCUGGGAGGACGAGACCGAGGAAGAGCCAGAGGACGAGCUGGAGAUGCAGCCGGGCCUGAGCCCGCUGAGCCCCAGGGACCAGAGGCCCCCUACCCCUGAGACGGAUUACCCCGAGUCGCUGACCAGUUACCCGGAGGAGGACUAUUCCCCGGUGGGCUCUUUCAGUGAGCCCCGGUCCGCCUCUCCUUUGGCCACGCCCCCCGGCUGGUCUCUCCGAGUGAACCCGGACGGGCAGACGCUCUACACCAACCACUUCACCCAGGAGCAGUGGGUGAGGUUGGAGGAUCAAUACGGGAAGCCCUACUUCUACAACCCACAUGACGCCUCCGUUCAGUGGGAGCUGCCCCAGGUUCCAGUUCCUGCCCCUCGAAGCAUCCACAAAUCCAGCCAGGACAGUGAGACCCCAGCCCAGGCCAGCCCCCCUGAGGAGAAGACCAAGACUCUGGACAAGGCCGGGGUGCUCCAUCGCACCAAGACGGUGGACAAGGGAAAGCGGCUCCGGAAGAAGCACUGGAGUGCGUCCUGGACGGUGCUGGAGGGCGGCGUCCUGACAUUCUUCAAGGACUCGAAGGCCUCAGCUGCAGGCGGCCUGAGGCAGCCUCCCAAGCUCUCCACCCCUGAGUACACAGUGGAUCUCAGGGGGGCCUCCCUCUCCUGGGCCCCCAAGGACAAAUCUAGCAGAAAGAACGUGUUGGAGCUGCGGAGCCGAGAUGGCUCAGAGUACCUGAUCCAGCAUGACUCCGAGGCCAUCAUCAGCACCUGGCACAAGGCCAUUGGCGAGGGCAUCCAGGAGCUGUCUGCAGACCUGCCCCCGGAGGAGGAAAGCGAGAGCAGCAGCGCGGACUUCGGGUCCAGCGAGCGCCUGGGAAGCUGGCGGGGGGAGGAGGAGGCGCGGCCCGGAGCAGGCCCAGGCGCAGUCAUCCCGGAGAGCGACCUCAGCAGGGUCCGGCAGAGGCUCCGCAAGUUCCUGCUAAAGCGGCCAACGCUGCAGUCGCUGCGGGAGAAGGGCUACAUCAAAGACCAGGUGUUCGGUUGCGCGCUGGCCGCGCUGUGCGAGCGCGAAAGGAGCUCCGUGCCGCGCUUCGUGCAACAGUGCAUCCGCACCGUCGAGGCCCGGGGGCUGGACGUCGACGGCCUGUACCGCAUCAGUGGAAACCUGGCCACCAUCCAGAAGCUUCGCUACAAGGUGGACCAUGAUGAGCGCCUGGACCUGGAUGACGGGCGCUGGGAGGACGUCCACGUGAUCACCGGAGCCCUGAAACUCUUCUUUCGAGAGCUGCCGGAGCCCCUCUUCCCCUUCUCGCACUUCCGCCAGUUCAUCGCUGCCAUCAAGCUGCAGGACCAGGCCCAGCGCAGCCGCUGUGUGCGGGACUUGGUGCGCUCGCUGCCCGCCCCCAACCACGACACGCUGCGGCUGCUCUUCCAGCACCUGUGCCGGGUGAUUGAGCACGGCGAUCAGAACCGUAUGUCGGUGCAGAGCGUGGCCAUAGUGUUCGGGCCCACGCUGCUGCGGCCGGAGACCGAGGAAACGAGCAUGCCCAUGACCAUGGUGUUCCAGAACCAGGUGGUGGAGCUCAUCCUGCAGCGAUGCUCAGACAUCUUCCAGCCGCACUGACCGCGGGCCGCUAUCCGCGCCCCCCGCAGCUGGUGCUGCGGACCGGGACUGGGCACCCCAACACUGGUUCUGCCUUGGAGCUGGACUGUUGGAGGCAGCUGGGCUGGACUCCUCUGUGAGACCCUCCGCCUCCCACCGCUGCAUAGGCUGGAGUGAAAUCUGCAUCCCUUGGUGCAGUAUGGUGACCCCUAGUGGGCAGUUUGCAAAAUGUGAUUUCCCCCCCCCCAACCCCCACCUGUCCUGUUUGGGGCUUACUUGGGUUCUGUUCUUUAUUACAGUGACACCUACUGUGUGUGUGAGAGAGAAUGUGCUGGGAUGAAACUAUUUUCCCCAAUGGUUGGUGCUGGGGGAAGGAGUUUGGAUGAGGGGCUUCUGGGCCUCCUCAGGCCUGCAAGUGGGGGGCCCCCCGGGGGCAGGGGGUGUCAGUCCUAGAGCAGCCGCCUCCAGCGCCCCUGCUGCCCAGCUUGCCUCCGGCCUAACUCGUGCCUGACACUGUCCACAACCAACGUGGGCCAUUUCCAUCUGCUCCCCUGUUUCGGGCCAUGGCCUUCCCAGACCUACAGGUGUUGUGUGCACAGGUUCUUCACACUCAGUGUGUACCCUGCACCGGCCGCCUGACCCACACCAUCUCCACACACAGUCCCAUUGGACAAACAAAGAGAGGGAGGCGAUGGUGGCAGCAAAGUGACCUGCUCGGUGUCCCCUGGACGGUCUGACUGCCCAGCUAGGGCUCCUCUCACACCACCGUCUCCUGGGAGGGCGCCAUCAGACCUUUCAGCACCCCCUCCCCUCCACACCCCCUGCACACCCCUCUGCCGGUUCUGCUUGGGCCUGGGGACAUCCUGAAGGCAAACAGGACACCUGCCGUGGCUGUUCUUAACCCGGAGGGGAAAUAGUGCUGGUGGGAGCUGCCUAGCCCUUCUCAGCCCCCUGGCUGUCCAGCUGCCUGCCAGAGGCCCACCUUGCCCUAAGGAGCUGGGAGAGGCCUGCAGGGCUGGGAGAAGGUGGGUACAACCUCUGGAAAGGAAGCGUGAACCCUGAGGCCAGUGAUGCCCUUUCCCUCCUCACACACAAAGCACCUCAGCUUCUGGGUCUCAUCCCCCUGCCCCACCUGCCGCUCGUCUGUUCAACAGUUAUAGCUACUAUUUAUUGACAUUUCACCCUGCCAAGCAUUUCACUUGAAUCAUCUCGUUCGUCUCUCACAGCCAGUAUUUAUUCUUUGCUCUUCUGUGCCAGGCGCAGUGCUCUGGGGCAGGGGUACUGCGCGGGCUGCCUCUUGGGUGGGGCGUGUGCUCCGUGGCUGACCCGCGUCCCCCCACAUGCCAGCAGGGCCGGGACAAGAAUACAGAUGGUCGCCUCACACCAUCCACGGACAUACUGUAAACCUACAAAUCAAGUUCUAACUGUUAAAUAAAAUGUGUUCUAUUCUCCUA